GCGCUCGGCGUUUUCCGUGCGGGCCGCGGCGCGCUCGGCGCUUGCUCCCUGGCUGGCGCUCCUCAGUCGGCCGCUGCCUGCCUGUCGCCGGGCUGGGAGCGCCUGUGUGUGUGUGAGUGACGCGGCGGAGGUGUAGUUUGACGCGGUGUGUUACGUGGGGGAGAGAAUAAAACUGCGGCGAGAUCCUAGGCGCGAACGAAAGCAGUGACGGAGCAGCCUGGUAACCGGUAACUAAAUGACCAUGGAAUCUGGAGCAGAGAACCAGCAGAGUGGAGAUGCAGCCGUUACAGAAGCAGAAACCCAACAGAUGACAGUGCAGGCACAACCACAGAUUGCAACCUUAGCCCAGGUGUCUAUGCCAGCAGCUCACGCGACGUCCUCCGCGCCCACGGUGACCUUGGUGCAACUGCCCAACGGGCAGACUGUGCAAGUCCAUGGAGUCAUCCAGGCUGCCCAGCCUUCAGUCAUCCAGUCCCCACAGGUCCAGACAGUUCAGAUCUCCACUAUAGCAGAAAGUGAAGAUUCACAGGAAUCAGUAGACAGUGUCACAGACUCACAGAAACGAAGAGAAAUUCUCUCCAGACGACCCUCCUACAGAAAAAUUUUGAAUGACUUGUCCUCAGACGCCCCAGGAGUGCCAAGGAUUGAGGAAGAGAAGUCUGAAGAGGAAGCUGCAGCACCUGCCAUCGCCACUGUUACGGUGCCAACUCCCAUUUACCAAACCAGCAGUGGGCAGUACAUUGCUAUUACCCAAGGAGGAGCAAUACAGCUGUCUAACAAUGGCACAGAUGGGGUACAAGGUCUGCAGACAUUGACAAUGACCAAUGCAGCUGCAACCCAGCCUGGCACCACCAUUUUACAGUAUGCACAGACCACAGAUGGGCAACAGAUACUUGUACCCAGCAACCAAGUUGUUGUACAAGCUGCCUCAGGAGAUGUGCAGACCUACCAGAUCCGCACGGCCCCCACCAGCACCAUCGCGCCCGGCGUGGUCAUGGCCUCCUCCCCAGCACUGCCCGCCCAGCCCGCAGAGGAGGCUGCCAGGAAGAGGGAAGUCAGGCUGAUGAAGAACAGAGAGGCAGCACGUGAAUGCCGCAGGAAGAAGAAGGAGUAUGUGAAAUGUCUAGAAAAUCGAGUGGCUGUGCUUGAAAACCAAAACAAGACACUGAUCGAGGAGUUAAAAGCACUUAAGGACCUCUACUGCCACAAAUCAGAUUAAUUUUGGAUUCCCAUCUUCACUUGUCCAGGUGGGAUAGAGACUGGUUCUGGCUGUACCCAGAAAGACAAAGUAAACUUUUUAUUUUCUAAACAUUUCUUUUUUUCUAUGCGCAAAACUGCCUGAAGCAACUACAGAAUAUACUUCAUCUGUGCUUUGCAUCAAACUGUGAAUGUCCAAGUAAUUGCCUCCACUUCUCCCCCUACAAGGUUAUUUUCAUCAUCUGUCUCAGCAUGAAGAAGAAGAAGAAGAAGAAGAGGCUUCUUUCCCAUCUCCCCGUCCUCUUCAAAGAGUAACAGUGGUCACUUGGGAAGUUGCUGCGGGGAGGGUCCUUCUUGUAAUGGUUUCAGGAAUUUGUGCUGAGCUCUUUCCAUUGCCUUAGAGACAGAACCACCCCAGCCUCUCUUGGUCCAGGGAACUUUGGGCCACGCAGGUGGAGCACGCGUGGUGCAGUGAAGAAGCAGCACUGGUUGCCAAAUGGGUUUCACACGUUCACCAUGAACUAUACAGAAAAAACAAACAAAAACCAUGGCUAAGCAGCAUGCCAAAUGGAAGGCUCUUCACAGUCACGUUCUUGGUGUGAAAAUAACACAACCUUUUCCAGACUAGCCCAGGAGGAAGGGUUUUGAUUUGUCCAUCUGUAUUAAGCCCUCCUGGACUGGUCAAAACUUCUCCAUACCUCAAAAACAAAGGCUUCACAAAACGAGCUUCGCUGGUCAGUUGUUGCUUCUCGAGGCUUGUGUCUGUGCUCGUGUGUUCAGAGCUCUGAAGGCACAAAAAGCCAACACCAAUGUCAUAGGAUACUGGGUUGGGAGUUGAUACUUGAAUGGGAAAGAAAUUUAGGAUAAAAAAAAGGUACAGUAGUAACGUUUGGAAAGCAGUCAGAGAGUGAGCAGGGUGGCACAUGAAAGCUGUUUGUAUGCCCAACAACUCAGCAGCUGAAGCACAGCCAGCUCCACACACACACUCCCUGAUGUUGGUACAGUCCCAGGCAAACAGAUUGUUUCUUUUUCCUUGCCACUCUCUUACCUGAUGGAAAUUCUUGUACUCAGUGGAAGCAUCAGCCUGGCUAGCUAGAUUCAUUCUCAAACUGUGAGGCUGCCUUCCAUCCAUAAAUUAAAUGGCAGUGUGACAAUUGCCAAGACAACCUCAAAUACUGAAGAGGACUUCAAAUACAAAGAUCCCAACUUCUGCUUCGCAAGGGACAAUAUUAAUGAUUCAAACCUGGCCAGGCUAGCUUAAGUUCUUAAUUUAUUCAGAGGGUUUUUUCAUGUAAAGAUUUCCUGGGUAGCUUAUCCCUCUUAUUGCAAUUACUCAUGUGCCUCAGGCAUUUGCAAGAUGAAUUUUUUGUGUGUGCACUGAGGAAAUGGGAUCUUUCACAGGUGUCCAUUGUUUAAAACAAGGCAGACCAUGUUUAAAACCAACUCUGUACAAAGCAUUAGGGCUUCAAAGGAAUCUUGCUCAAAAGGAAUGUGUCAAAAAGAAUCAUGUGCAGUUUGUUUGCUGGCCCUCUGAAGCCAGUCUCUUGAGAGAGAAACUUGGGUCACUUGAUGGAGUAAAGUUUACUUUGGGCUUCUGGUCAAAUUUUUAUGUGUAGAGACAUAUGAAUAAGACUCUAGUCUGUACUAAUGCCUUGCCUAGCAAAGUAUUAGCUAAUAUUUUUUCCCAUUCACUUUACCUGUUUUUAAGAUUAAUUUCAAACAUGAGCUUCUAAAAGCUUAUACAAUCAGUGUGAUGUUAUAGGAACACUUGGAAGACUCUGGGCAGUUGAGUAUCAAGCAGCCAAGCAGUAUUAAAAGUUCUAGUUUUCUCAUUUGAGAGGGCAUUCAGUUUCCAAGAGACUUUAAAAGGAGCAGGGUUAAACUUGUAGCAUUGUUGUUAAAACUAGAGUUGUCAAUGAUUUCAAAGGAUGUUUGUAUUUCAAGAAGAAACAUUAGUAUCAGAACUGUGGAAGAACUCAUUUUCACAGGUUUCGAGGGGAUUUAUAAAUGGUCUAUUUUUAUCUGCCAUAGAGAAUUGAUUUUCAUGUGUUUUUAUUUAAUGGAAGAUGGAUUUAUUAGUUUAGCAAUGCAGAUCUAAAAAGGAAAACCCUAAAUUCUCAGCAGUGCUUUUAUGGAAGUUGCCUGGUUCCUCAAGCCAGGGAACAGAUAGCAGUUUCUCAGAAGCAGAAACACUGAUGAUGAUGGUGCAGGAGUCACCCUGGUACAACAGGAGGCUCAUGGUGGCCUCGUUUGCAGUUGUGUGGCAUGGUUCCUCCAGCUUUAAGACUGGGGGGAAAGGCUGUGGGUUCAGGGGGAACCAGCUUUAUUUGCAGAAACUGGAGUUUUGUGCAGCACCCCUGAGUGAUGCUGGCUGUGAUCCCAGAGCUGUCCCUGGGGGGAAAGGAGCCCUGUCCAGUGCUUGCUGGCAGCCACUCAGCACAAAGUCUGGGAGCUGGAGGGACCAGGGGAGCCUCACCUGGUAUCUGGAUGGGGUUCUGCCAUGGCAGGGUUGGUGCUGAGUGGUAGGGCAGUGAGAGAACCGUGUUGCUGCCUUGUCUUGUGCAUGCUCUGCGGAGCGUCUGUAGUGCUUUUAGUCUCAGACCUCCUCAGCAGAUAAAAGAGGAGGAGGUUAUUUUAAAGUACAAGGGGAUCUGCAAGAACUUUUAAUUUUUUUUUAUACUGCACUGAGGGUUUUAGGGACUUGAAUUUCUUUAUUGGGAUUUUUAAGUGACAAUAGUAAAAAAAUAUAAAAUUAUUAUACCAAGUGCAGGGCUUGGCUAGGGUUACCCUUACAUGCUUUACUAGUUGUACUGACCCAAAAAGGGAAAGAAUAUGACAGAGGAAUACAUGCAAAUGUUAUUUACCAAGCAGCAAGGCUGGGGCAAUCAGCUUCUCUAAACUAAGGCAGUUUGGAAGUAGGAGGGAACUUAGGCUGGCAGGGGGGAGGGAGGAUUAGUUUUAUAUCUCACGGUUGUGAGUUUUCAAGAAUCGAUAGCCUGUUUUACCUGAAGAGAGGGUUAGAAAGGGCUAGAUCCAUUAUGUUAAUAAUAAACAAGAAUUGAUUUGAAAUAUAAUUUUUGUAAUGUCAUUAUUUUGCAAAACGACAGCACCGAUCAGGCAGUUAAGAUAUUGUCAGAGGUGCUCUUUUAAUUUAGAUAUUCUUGGAAAAUACAUAUGUAUAAUAUAUGUACAUAUAUAUAUAUAUAUACACACAGUAUAUAAUCUACAGCUCUGAGAGCUUUUAAGUCAGGAAUGCUGAGUAUUAUAGUAUAUGGAGGUCAGAAAAAAAUUUCUACUUUUCUGUGUGUGUCUGGGUGUGUGCGGGUGUGUGAAAGCUUCCCCCCCGUCCCAGUAGUUCUGGGCUGCAUUAUUCUAGCACGUUUUUCUGAUUUGUUUUAUGCUGUUUCUCAUUUACAACAUUUUCAAGAACUUUUAUUUCAUAUUUCAUGGCUUUUGUGAGGUUUGUUUUUCUUUUUUUUUUUUUUUUUUUUGGUUUGUUUUAUUUUUUACUUGUAGAGAGUUUUGGAAAAUUAUGUAAACAGUUGCUUUACAACAACCACCACCCACCCCCCCAAGAAUAACUUACUUCUGUGCUUUUUCUCUUUGGCAGCUAUAUAAUCAAAGGCAAAAGAAAUGGGAAUGUUGUUAAGGUGUUGUUUUCUAAAGGAACCACUGGUAAGAUUUCUGUUUUCCUCCUGGGGUAGUGGCGAUGUGUUUUUAUUUAAGCAGUGAUUUCUCCAGAAUCAGGUAGCUGCCAGCACCAAGUCCUUGUGUCUGAAAGCACAAUUCUAGCCCAUCAGGGCUGUGCAGACACCUGCAGGUUCUGGCUCUUCUCUGGUUGUUGUUUGCAUUGCAGACACCACCUCCCCUGGUUCUUGUAUGUUGAUCAGAAAACUGGCAGGGUCUUUCGAAUCGUUCAGAGGCUCAGGAAAAAACAAAAGUUAAGGUUUCAUAAGGAAAAAACAGCCCUGGCAGGUUCUGAUCUUCAUUUGUACAACAGGUUGUUUCGUUCUUCUCAAAUCUGGGCUUCCAGUAGGCUGCAGGUGCAAGUGGCCAUCUCUUCCCAAAAACUGGCCUCUGCUUUUCUAUUUUGUAUUUUUUUAACUAGUGUCAGCCAGGCAGUGCUUUUUUUGGGUUAAAGUAAAGGCAAGUCUCUCCAUCAAAACCAGUUCAUUGUCAGGGGCUGCAAAUCUAUUGACAGUUCAUAGAGGAUUUGAUUGGUUUUCUAGGACCCUGUUUUUACUGUAAUUUUCUCACCCUGGAGCUGGUUAUUGAUGUAACAUUUGCCAAGGAUCUAACCAAAAGGCCAUGUAUUUAUUUUUGUUACUCUGUAUUUUUUGUAAAUGUUUAACUAAAAUGUGCACUUCUUAAAAAGAAAGAAAAAAAUUAUGAAACAAAGUGAGGAGCAGUUGGGUUUGUUGAG